AUGCUCGAAGGAUCAAGACAGAAAUCUUUGGCCUGGCUAAACAGUCAAUACAUCUAUGGCAGAAUUCCUCUUCUCCAUACACUCAUCCUUUUCAUCGAGGUAGCCAUGGCGGCACGACUGGUGGCCAAGUUCAACUCUUACUAUGCUCAAAAGCCCGUGUUGACUACUAUGAUCACCAAUGCGGUCCUCGGAGGCAUUGCAGACACUGUCGCACAGAGCAUCACUGCGUUCCGAGCGAGACAAGCUCUACUACCUCCUGAUGCCGACUCCGGAUCCUUCAUCUCCUCCGGUGUGGAGUUGGAGGAUCUCAACGAGAAGCCCGCAAGACGAUCGCCCUCCCUCUCUCCUCGACAUCCGGGACCUCAACCGUUUGAUUUCGAGCGCUUGACCAGAUUCAUGGCUUAUGGAUUCUUGAUGGCGCCUGUUCAGUUCGUGUGGUUUGGUCAACUCACCAAAUGGUUUCCGGUCACAUCAAAGAGUGGCACUGUGCCCGCACUGAAGCGCGUAGCCUGCGAUCAAUUGAUGUUCGCCCCUUUUGGUCUGGGUGCCUUUUUCACUUUUAUGACCGUUGCUGAGGGAGGCGGCAAGGAAGAUGUGCUCAACAAAUUCCGGGAUGUCUACCUUCCCACACUGAGGGCUAACUAUAUUCUCUGGCCUGCGGUGCAAAUCCUCAACUUCCGCGUCCUACCUUUACAAUUCCAAAUCCCCUUCGUGAGCACGAUUGGGAUUGCCUGGACCGCCUAUCUCAGUUUGACAAAUUCAAGCGAGGACGAGGUGUUGCAGCAGCAGAGUUGA